CCAUUGCUCAACUAUAGAAUUGAAAAUACAGUGUUAUUUGAAUUUAGAACUGUCACGCUGGCAUUACUUUACCCUUGCGCAAUGAUGAUGCUCAUGCCCGCAUAAAUUAAGCAAACGAAUUUGAAAGACAAGCGCUGACAAGCACAAAUAAUACAAAAACAAAAAAUAAAUAAAUAGAGCAGCAGAAUAAAAGUCCAACUCGAAGUUGAACGCAACGCAUUAAAUGUUGCCACUGCCACUGCCACUGCUGCUGCCACUGCUGCUGCCACUGCCACUGCUGCUGAUUAGAAAGUGAAAUGACGUCAUGCGAUAACUGUUAGCUGUAGCCUGAUUUCAACAUGAUUUGGCCAAUCAAAACGAGCGCAUCCCCCCAAAAGCAGUUAGACACACACACACACACGCACACACACAGAUAGAUACAGUCAAAAGGAGGUGGAGUCUGUGGCAAAGUGAAAAAGUCACUUGUAGCUUUUAUAUCCUUGAACAAAUUUAUCUCUCGCUACGCACACUUAAUAAAUACAAUUGAAUAUGUAUGCUUCUCUCUCUGUGUGUGUAUCUGUGUGUGUGUGUGCGGGUGUAAAAACUGCUGGCUAUAAAAGGAGCCUGUGCUGCGGAAGGAUCUUGCAGUUGCCGUUGCGUUUGCGUUGCGCAUACGACGCGUGUGUCCCACAAGUGAAUAGCAGUAAAUUAAAAGUGACUAAAGUGAAUACUAAAAUUGGAUAAUCUCCCACAAAUACUGCAUAUAUAGAUAUAUAUAUAUAUGAGGAUGAGUGCAUCGGGCAAAAGUCUGUUGGGACUGUGGCUGUAUCGCAGCGGGGAGCAGGAGUGGGCCGUCAAGCAGGGAAGUCCUUUGCACACGCCCAAAAAGGAAUCCGGUCCCAUCUCAACCACGUCGUCCUCAUCGACGACUUCAGCGACGCAUGCAAGUCUCUCACGUCAUGCCUCGGCGCCCGGCGAUAGUUUUCUAUUGUUCUCGCCCAAAAAACAGGAACGCAGUGCUGAGGCGCCCCGUCUGCAAAUCAAUGCCGGCUCCAACGAUGGUGCAGUGCGUCAUGGUGUGGUGCCCGGCGAGCGCAUCUCCAUUUUAUUCACGCUCAAGAAUCAGGUGGGUAAUCUGGCACGGGCGCUGCAAGUGUUCCAGGAGCUGGGCAUCAAUGUGCUGCACUUGGAGCUGUCGCCGCUGGAGAUGACCAGCAAUCAGGCCGAUGUUCUGGUGGAUGUGGAAUGCGAUCCCCGCCGCCUGGAUCAGGUGGUGAAGAUGCUCAAUCGCGAAGUCGCCUCGGUCAACUAUACGUCCGUCAAUGCGCACACUUUGGCCAGGGCUCCAUCCCUCUCCGCCUGCUCCAGUUUUGACUUUGGCGACAUGGUUUGGUUUCCACGCAAGAUAUCGGACAUUGAUCAGGCGCAGAAUGUGCUCAUGUAUGGCUCCGAUCUGGAUGCAGAUCAUCCUGGCUUCAAGGAUCCCAUUUAUCGCAAGCGUCGCGAACAGUUCUCAGCCAUAGCCAACAACUUCAAGCAUGGCAAUCCCAUUCCACGUGUGCAAUACACGCCGGAGGAGGUCAAAACUUGGGGCACCGUUUUCUUGGAGCUGCAUCGCCUGUAUCAGUUGCACGCGGUGCCGGAGUACAUGGAGAACUGGCCGGAGCUGGUCAAGUUCUGUGGCUAUCGGGAGGACAAUGUGCCCCAGCUGCAGGAUGUCAGCAGCUAUCUGAAGCGCAAGACGGGCUUCCAGCUGCGCCCAGUUGCCGGCUACCUUUCGCCCCGGGACUUCCUCUCUGGCCUGGCCUUUCGCGUGUUCCACUGCACCCAGUACAUAAGGCACUCCUCCGAUCCCUUCUACACACCCGAACCUGAUUGCUGUCAUGAGCUUUUGGGCCACAUGCCCCUCUUAGCCAACUCGAGCUUUGCUCAGUUCUCGCAAGAGAUUGGACUCGCCUCGCUAGGCGCCUGUGAUGCGGAUAUUGAAAAGCUGGCAACGCUUUACUUCUUCACCGUGGAGUUUGGCUUGUGCAAGCAGUCGGAUAACAGCUUCAAGGUUUACGGCGCUGGUUUGCUUAGCUCGGUGGCCGAGCUGCAGCAUGCGAUAACGGCACAGGAUAAGAUCAAGAAAUUCGAUCCGGAGCUGACCUGCAAGGAGGAGUGCAUCAUAACAUCCUAUCAGAAUGCCUACUACUACACGGACUCCUUUGAGGAGGCCAAGGAGCAAAUGCGUUCCUUUGCUGACAGCAUUCAACGACCGUUUGGAGUGCGCUACAAUCCGUAUACGAGCAGCGUGGAGGUCUUGUCCAACGCCCAGAAGAUCACAGCAGUUGUCAGCGAGUUGAGGGGCGAUUUGAGCAUUGUUUGCUCCGCUCUGCGCAAGAUCUCGGCAACGGAUGAGAAUCUCGAUGUGGAUAGCAUAGCGAACAUGCUGCACAACAGCCUCAAUGUUCGUAGUGGAGGCAGCGCCGGCGGUAGCAAUAGUCCGGACAACUCGGAGAACUACAUAGCCGAAGGCGAUUAAGGAGAGAGCGAGAGAGUUGUAUGAUUGCUGGGGAUACUUGUUGGGACCAUAUGCUACUAUAGAUAUCACAUAUUUACACACACACAUAUAUAUUAUCGUAUAUAGAACAAACAUAUAUAGAUUCGAUGUCUAAUUGUUGGCA